CCGGCGCACAGUUGAUUCUUCCUGCUAUUUUUAUUCACCCCACCACCCCCACCAUAAACCUGAUGACGUAAUUGAUGACUAAUCAUUAAAGGUUCCUUAUCGUAGACGUCACAGCCCCUAACGCAGCCUUAUCGCGAUGAAGCUUACUGUUUUUGGACAGCUCCCAAGGGCCGAGACAUUCUCCAUCACUAAAUGGCUCUCGUCGACUAUAGCUCCUCCAGCGACGAUGAAGAACCUCAGGAUGAAGAAGAUAGUUCCGCAGCUGACAAAGAGGGAAAGCCAACAACAGCAGUCCCGUCGACAAACACUCCAGCCACCCUCAAACCUCGAAAUACCCUAAAACGGAAACACGAAGCUACGCCCCCCUCCCUCCCCCCCUUACCCUCCCGCUUCCUCGACCUCUACGCCUCCAACGCCCGUGCCAGCGCCCACGACGACCCCUCCCUCCACGGAGGGCGCAAACGCACCACGCCCCAUGUCCAAGGCAACUGGCCAACCCACCUCUACAUCGAGUGGUAUCCGAAUCCCGCCGAGCAUAAGCUUCUCACAUCGCUCGUUGAUUCGUUCCGCGGCCAGUCCCGAUACGGGACUCAAUACGAUGGAGAUCUGGACGUCCAGUCCCUCCUUACCAGUGACCUCGGCUCCCCUCUCCCGCUGCAUAUCAGUCUGUCCCGCCCCAUUGGGUUCAGCACAGCCACAAAAGACGCGUUUCUCUCUUCUAUCCAAACAGCUAUCUCAAAUAGCGAUAUCCAUCCUUUUCCCAUCACAUUCAAUGGCUGCGAUUGGGCGUCUAACUACGAAGGGACGCGCUGGUUUCUGGCUCUACGAGUUUCAAAACCGCUACAGGAUAACUUGAACAAGCUACUACGAGUAUGCAACGGCACCGUCCAGUCACAUGGCCAGCCUCCCCUGUACGCUUCCGCCGUGUCUCCUGACCCCAAUACAACGGGGCAAAGCAAACUACCACCACAACCACCAUCAAGCUCACCUUCCCCAAAAAAGGACCUCUCAUCCUCCUUUCAUAUCAGCAUAGCAUGGGCUCUCACCGUCCCGCCAAAGACAGCUGGUAGCUGGCAACCACCCGCUGCUUCUGAAAUUGAGAAACUAAAUUCCGCAUCCACACCAAUUGUGGCUUCGGAGAUCAAGGCUAAGAUCGGUAAUGUUGUAACGAGUAUACCCCUAUCCGUAGAUAGAGAGGAGAGAAAGGGGCUUUUUGGGAUAUAAAUUGAGUAAAUAGACCU